AUGAGCAAAGACAGAGAAAAGGACUUUGACGCCUUCAAAGAUACUGGUGAGAAUUACCAGACAGAACUUUGGAACUUAGUCAUCGGCGAAAAGGAAAAUGCUCUAGCCAGCCUCCGCGAGCGCCUCGCCGGGCAGGAUCAGCCACCGCAGCAGUUGAUAGCAGCUUCUGACAAUCCGGAUGAGCUUCUCAAUUCGCUGACCACUUCGUAUAACGCCCAUGGGCACUCAAAGCUCGCUGCCGUGAAAAUCCAGUGGACCAUGCUCACCUCAGAGCACCAGCGGACGGUUAAAAGGCUGGCGGCGGCAAAUACCGAAUUUGAAAAAGAAGUCCAGUUGGCCGAGGUACAAGAGGGUUCAACUUGGCUACUCAUCUACGACAAUGCUGAGGACAUAAACGUACUUCGAGAGUUUUGGCCAGCGGGGUUCCACGGCGCAAUGAUUGUCACGUCACAGAACCCCUCUAUUAGCCACCUGACUGCAAACAACAUCUUACUGCGCACUCUGAGGCCAUCUGAAGGCGCCAGUCUAAUUCAGAAGUAUCUCAACAGGGGCUUGUCAGAGGCAGCCUCCGCUGAAGAUCUUUCAAGAAUAUUAGGGGGCCACGCACUCGCCAUUGUCCACUUCACUGGCCACGUGUCGAGGUCUCAGUGUCUCAUCGAAGAGAUGACCAAAGGUUUCUCAAAGCGGCUUCAAUCAAGCUCUGUCUGGAAAACGGAUAGGGAAAACAUAUCCGUGUUGACAAGGGCUUACGCGCAUACCCUUGAGACUGUCUGGAACAUCGCGUUUCAGAGGCUCAGCAGCGACGCCAACAUAUUGCUUGAAUGGAUUGCUUUUCUCGACCCAGACCAAAUCCCUACAGACCUUUUCAUUGAACCCUCAGAUAAUGCACAUCCGGGAAUCACAGAUAGUGGCUGGGGGUACUGGGAUAGCACAAGAUUCAACAACGCAGUUGAAGUUCUGAGAGAGAGAAACCUCGUAGAGAGAUACGGCCAGCACGCCGAUGACUCUCUGAGAACUCAUCGAGUCCUGCAACGUUGCAUCCUCCAGAGAUUAGACACCCAGCCGGAUAAAAGGUUUACUCGCUUCAUGGAAGUCGUAUCUAUUAUUCGCAAGGCGAUACCAGAGGCCAAUCCUAUUUCCAGAGGAGACAGAAGCCAAGCCUGGAAAUUUGCUCGAUAUUUGCCGCAGAUUGAAAGGCUGCACUCCAACUUUGUGGACUCGGAGCCGAAAAUAGAGGGGUCGAUGGCAUUUAUGAUCAUCUUGGACGAUACGAGCUACUAUGCGAUGACACAGGAAGACAACAGUCUAUCUCAGAAGUUGGCUGUGACCGGCAUCCACAUCUGCGAGGACGAGAUAGACUCCCACCCCGAUAAUAUCGAGGCCAAGACACGUCUUCCAAAUUUACUCGCGUUGUUAGCAGCGGCGCUUAAUUACUGUGGUGCUACCGGGCGAAAAGAAGCUCUAGAAAUUGCACGACGCGUGCGGAAACUUCGUCAGGAAGAACUGGCAGGAAUCCCGGAAGAGGACUGGACCGAUCUACAGGCUGUCAACUAUGCCCGCGCACACAAUGAUCUUAGUUGGCAACUUUUGGACAUUAAUAAACCUGAGGACGCUGCUCCGCUGUUCAAGGUGGCGAUAGCCAUCUACCAGCGGACCAACAACAAGCUUCGUCUCGCCUCGGUCAUGGCGACUCAGACCCUGGUAUUGGCUGCACAACAACUGAAAGAUCAGGUCAGAGAUCAAGGCAGCGCCGUCAAAAAGACUGUCGAAGAGAUGGUUGGAAGCAAGGACGCCUUGACUCUAAUGGUGAAGUUCGAGCUUGCAAGUGCUUAUUUCACAAUCGGCGAUAAUCUUGGGGAUCUAGAAACGGCCGAGUGA